AUGAUAUCUAAAUAUAUCAAUUUGGCUGAUAAACACUUCCACAAGCCCGGACCAAUCGAGAUGCUGAUAGGUGCUGAUAUUUUUUGGAAUGUUUUAUGUCCAAACCAAUUGAAGUUAAAUACAAAUGGUCCUGUUUUACGGGAAACUCAGCUUGGAUGGUUGGUUUCAAGUAAAUUACAAGGCUUUCAAAUUUCUAAUAAUAUAGUUUAUAAUUUGGUUAAAAAUGAAGGUGAUUUAUAUAUCCAAGACCAGUUAUCAAAAUUCUUUGAAAUAGAAAGUGUUAAAACUGCCAGUCCUUGGUCCAAAGAGGAAAUGGACUGUGAAACUCAAUUUAAAGACACAACAAUAAGAACUCAAGAAGGUCGUUUUAUUGUAUCGAUUCCAUUGAAAGCAAGUCCAAAAAUAUUAGGUGAAUCUUUAGGUCUAGCCAAAAGAAGAUUCAAAUCGCUUGAGCAAAAAUUCUCAAAAGAAUACCAAUUCUCAAGAAUGUACAAGAAUUUUAUCCUCAAAUAUGAAAAGCUCAAUCAUAUGCAAAACAUAGGAGAAGAAUCUGAAGUAAAUCAUGAGGAUGCCUAUUAUUUACCGCACCAUGGAAUUCUACGUAUGCAUAGCGCAACAACGAAAUUAAGGACAGUUUUUGACGCCUCGGCGCGAUCUACAAGUGGAGUUUCUUUUAAUGAACUUCAGCUAAAAGGACCGGUAAUUCAAGAUGAUUUAGUGUCAAUAUUAUUACGCUUUAGACAAUAUAAAUAUGUUGUUACCGCGGACAUUGAAAAAAUGUACCGUUAG